AUGAAGUACUCUACUGGCCUCUUGGCCUUCGCUGCUAGUGCGGCCGCCACUUUCCCCUUUCACAACGCCCCGGCAUUCACUUGCCCUCAGAACACCGACAACAAGUGUACCGACAAGCAAAAGACCGGCUUCGCCUUCGAUGAUCUCUCCACUGGUCCCUUCUCUCAGUACAAGGACUUCAACUUCAACGGCUGGACCUCGGGUGCUGGCUUCGGUGGUCGCUUUGGAAAGCGUACUGGCAGGGGUAUCAGCGGUGUCUGCGGCUCUGACAAGGGCAAGGCCCCUUCCUUCGGUGCUGGUGACAAGUUCUCCUUGGGCUCUAUCCACGUUACUCCCGAGUUUGACUGCGAUCUCGAGUUCCACUAUGAUAUGCCCGAUGGAUCUACUUGCAAGCACCGUAACAAGUGCAACAAGGGUGGUACCAACGUUGUGAACAAGCAGUGCGGUGGUGCUACCAACGUCACCAUCAUCUACCCUCCUCAGCCCGAGAAGCCCAAGCCCAGCUGCAGUGUCAUCAUCAGCACCAUCUCCUUCGACUGCAGUACCAAGCAGAGCACUGUCCCUCCGAAGACCAAGACCAAGACUACCGAGGGUAUCUCUACCACCUCUUCCGCCGCCACCUCUAGCAUUCCUAGCGUUCCUGCUGAGGCUACCACCACCUCUGCUGCUCCCGUCGCUUCUUCCAGUGCUCCUGCUGAGAGCGUCCCUGGAAGCCAGACCAGCAGCGCUCCCGCCGAGAUCACCAGCGCCCCUGCUGAGAGUGUCCCUGUUGAGUCUAACCCUGUCGAGUCCAGCGCCAGCUCUGCUCCUGUUGAGAGCGCCCCGGUGGAGAGUGCUCCCGUUGAGAGUGCUCCCGUUGAGAGUGCUCCCGUUGAGAGUGCUCCCGUUGAGAGUGCUCCCGUUGAGAGCGCUCCUGCCGAGAGUGUUCCUGUCCUGACCACCAGCGCUCCCAUCAGCGAGGUUGUGUCUGCUCCUCCCGUCACCAGCACCAUCGUCACCAGCUUCGACAGCACCUCGACCAUCUUCGUCACCGAGGUCCAGACCAUCACCAGCUGCGCUCCUACUGUCACCAACUGCCCUGCCGGCCACGUUACCACUACUGUGGUCACCAUUGCUACCUCUACCACUAUCUGCCCCGUCACCGAGACUCUCACUACUGUUAUCUCGGCCACCUCUUCUGCUGCCCCCGUUGCCAGCUCUGAGGGUCCCAGUGAGAUUGUUAUCUCCACCUCCAUCGGUGAUAUCAUCUCUGCUCCCGCCGGCUCCUCCUCUUCUGCCGCUGCCGUCGAGUCCUCUGCUGUCGCUUCUUCCGCUGUCGUCUCUUCUGCCAUUGGAAGCAGCACCGGUGUCGUUGUUCCUACCUCCGCUGGCAGCGUCGUUAGCUCUUCUGCCGCCGCUGUUGACACCACCUCCAGCGCUGCUCCCGUCUCCACCGCCCCGGUUGAGCCUCUUCCUUGCCCUGGUGUCGUUCCCUCGUGCCUGAACACCUUCCUGUUCGAGACUGGCUGCACUGACAACUCCGACGCCGCGUGCUACUGCCCCAACGCCCUCUUCGUCAAGAACGUCUACGAGUGCAUCUAUGCCCACGGCGAGUCUGAGUCCGUCAUUUCUGAGGCCAUCACCUUCUUCCAGGGUAUCUGCGCUCCCUAUGUCAACACCAACCCCGGCAUUGCUACUGGCGUUCCCACCUACGUCACCAGCACUGCUGCCCCUACUGUUGUUCCUGUCUACACCACCAUCACUGUUGAUAUCACCACCAUUGUUCCCUGCACCGAUGAGGCCGGUUCGACUAUUCCCAGCUCCAGCACCACCGUCAUCGUCGACACCACCAUGACCGUGCCCCAGAUUCACUUCACCAGCACCACUGAUGAUGUUGCCAUCGUCCCUGCUCCCACUGGCGUGCCUCUCGUCACUGAGACCGAGGUCCCCAUCGUUUCUGCUACCGCCACCAAGACCGGUUCCGUCGGCGGCAGUACCAGCGCCGCUGCUCCCGUCAACAGCGCUCCUGCUGUCACCAGCGCCCCCGCCGUCCCCAUCGGCACUGGCGUCGGAACCGGUGGCCUUGUCCGCCCUUCUUCGUCGGUCAUCAGCCCUCCCAUUGUCACUGCCGGUAGCGGUCGUGUCAACGCUGGUCUCGGCCUUGCCGUUGCCGCCGUUCUUGGUGCUCUUGCUCUCUGA